CCCACUUACAGGGAUGCCAGAUGAUCAGUGCAGAAUGAAGGUCCCAAGAGAACGCAUCAUGUGGUUCUCUCUGCCCUGUGACGUCACUAGCAGAUGGCAUGGGUACCAGCUCUGGCAGUUGGCAUCAAUGUCACUUUUUAGAGAUCAAUGAGAUACACACAUAUCUAGACUCCUGGAGACGAUGCGACAUUCGGACUGAUCUGGAAGGCGAAAAAGAUAUGAAUUCUGAUUAUUGUUUGAAUUAAACCUAAAGAGUCCUUUGUAUUGUUUUAUUUUUAGGUAAUUUUUUCGGAAUCACAAUGUUAACGCUUCCAUUUGACGAAUCUGUUGUAAUGACAGACUCACAGAUAUGUAGAAAGUUUCCACGGGAAAGUGAAGAGCAGAAACAAGGGAAAAAGCCAGAAGGAUGUGCUAAACAGCUAAUAGCCCAUGGGAAAACUAUUAAGAGGUCACCUGAAGAUGAAACAGAACAGGAAGAAGAAGAAGAGGACAGAGAAGAAGAAGAUGAAAAUGGUUUACCAAGGAGGAGAGGACCAAGGAAAAAAAAAAUGACCAAGGUCAGAAUCGAAAGGAUUAAACUGAGACGGAUUGAAGCAAAUGCAAGAGAAAGGGGUAGGAUGCAUGGGCUUAAUGAUGCUCUGGACAACUUAAGGAAAGUUGUACCUUGUUAUUCCAAGACACAGAAACUGUCAAAGAUAGAAACAUUAAGACUUGCUAAAAAUUAUAUUUGGGCUCUCUCUGAGAUCCUUCGUAUCGGGAAAAGACCUGAUUUGCUUACGUUUGUGCAAAACUUAUGCAAAGGUUUGUCUCAGCCGACCACAAAUUUGGUGGCAGGUUGCCUGCAGCUUAAUGCUAGAAGUUUUCUUAUGAGCCAGAGCGGUGAGACGAUGCAUCACUCAAGAACCCCUUAUACCUCCAUUUACCCUCCCUAUCACAGCCCUGAGCUUAGCAACCCACCAGCUCAUGGAAGCCUUGACAAUUCCAAGACAGUCAAACCAUACAGUUAUUGUAGUGCAUAUGAAUCCUUUUAUGAAAGCACUUCUCCCGAGUGCACCAGCCCUCAGUUUGAAGGUCCCUUAAGCCCUCCCUCCAUGAACUAUAAUGGGAUAUUUUCCCUGAAGCAAGAAGAGGCCUUGGACUAUGGGAAAAAUUACAAUUACGGCAUGCAUUACUGUGCAGUGCCAAGCAGGGGUCCCCUCGGGCAGAGCUCUAUGUUCAGGUUGUCUACAGACAGCCACUUCCCUUAUGACUUCCAUCUGCGCAGCCAGACUCUCGCCAUGCAAGAUGAAUUAAAUGCAGUUUUUCAUAAUUAAUGAGGAAAAUGAAUAUAAACAGUGGUCAUUCACCUCCCUCCCCCAAUCUAAUUAAGAUAAAGCAGAUGCUUGUUCACACAGUAAUUGACACGGCUCGAUUAAGGUAUCAAUGCAGUCUCGAAAGAGUGUUUUAAACUUAUGUGGUCUGUUUUUAUUUAUGAUUCUUUGUUAUAGCCAAAUCCUUUGCCAUAUUUCAAAAUAUUAUUUUCAUUCUACCUUUUUAAAAUUGAUCAAGACUGUGAUCUGUUUCAAAUGGUGCACUAAAUAUUUUAUGCUUAUUUGUUCAAUAUGAUGUGGCAAAAUAAAGAAAUGUAUACUAUAAUAA